GCCAAUGUCAAAUUAUCUAAAUAACCUCAAGAACUCAAGGAUACACUGAAAAUCUUCGUAUUAGAGUGCGAAGUAAACUAAAUAUAACCCUGCUGGGAAGAAACUUGUGUAGAAACAUUAAGUUAACAAUGUUUUUGAACAAAACUAACAUGAAUCCUUUAUGGCGCUGUGUUGCAAAACCCGUAUUAACGAAUAAUAUAAGACGGGAAGUUUUAAAUAAAUUCAUGAGUACAACUAUCUGUUCAAAAUAUAUAGGUACAACUUCGUUAGUGCCAACUCAAUGCCAAUACUAUUCGCCUUAUAAUACGAUUCGACAUAAAUCAAAAAAGCAAAGGGCCGAGGAGUCAGAUGAUGAAGUAGAUACAUUUGAUGAUGACCCAUCUUUGUCAAGAGAUUCAAAAGUAGUGAAGUUCAACACCACAUCAUUACGGGCCGACUUGAUACUAAAAACAGCAUUAGGGGUUGCAAGAAAUAAAAUAGAGCAAUUAUUCUAUGAAAGCAAAAUUAGAGUCAAUGGAAAAAAAAUAGUAAAGAAAAGUCUUUCUGUAAAAAUAGGAGAUGAAAUUGAUAUCAUAAAGGCUGUAAGCCCCAAGAAUCCUGAUCAUUUAUACAUUUCCCGUAUUGAAGUGAUGAAUUUAGCUGCAAAAGAAGAAACCAUUGUGGUUACAGCACGCAGAUUUAAAACAUUGCUCAUUGAGAAUUAUGAAACUGAUCCAUACAAAGGCUCUACAAAUGAAGAAUAGAUUAUAUAAAAUAAAAUAUUUAAAUAGGGUAGGGUAGGAAACAGUGGCUCGGAAAAAAAGCCGGAUACAGUGGCUCACUCAACCUAAUUCCAACAUGAAAGAGGCGAUAUUUGGGCGACUGAGCCACUAUUCGAGCUGAGCCACUGUUUCCUACCCUACCCUACUCUUAAACUUUAACUAAACUAUGUUACUAGUUUCUGUAAAUAAAUUAUGAUGCUAAUA